UUCAGAAUCAUGCUUUAAGUCUUUUCUGAGCAAUCAACCCGCCGCCUGUUAAUAAUGUCGUACACAUUUCAAAACAAACUAGCAUAGCUACUGUCCUGUGAGCGGCGUUUGAAGCACUGCGGUGCCGGCUAGCCCAGCACUAACCUGCCCCUGCGACCAUGUCAACGUUUUAGUGACUUUUUCUUUAGGAAACUUCGUCCUAAACAUCCAGUGGUACGGUACCUUCUUUCCCCUCGUCGUGUUUAUGUGAUGCUCCGGAGACUUCACAACGUGACGUUACCGAUAAAAAGUUGCUUAAGUAAUGUUUCUCCCGGUGACACGUCACGGGGAUACGUAACGCCAAACGUGGGAGCUCCGAGCCGCCAUGACAGGUCUGAUCAGCAGCGAGGAGCCGAGCAGUGUGUGAGAAUGGAGCUGGAGGAAAAAAACCCCGAUCCUAAAUACGGGGAGUCCAGGAAGUUUGACCCAAACUUCAAAGGACCGAUUCAUAACAGGGGCUGCACAGAUGUCCUCUGUUGUAUUCUCUUCAUCCUGGCCUUGUUGGGGUACUUUGCUGUGGGUAUUCUCGCCUGGUCUCAGGGUGACCCCAGGAAAGUGAUCUAUCCCACAGACAGCAGGGGGCAGUUCUGUGGACAAGCUGGAACACCUCUGGAGAAGAAGCCUUUUCUGUUCUACUUCAACAUAUUGAAAUGUGCCAGUCCUCUAGUGCUGCUGGAGUUUCAGUGUCCCACCACACAGUUAUGUGUGGAAAGCUGUCCUAACAGGCAUCUCACCUUGAUGAAAGCCAAGUUAGGCAGCAAAGAAGACCGUGAAUACUUCAAACAAUACUGCAAGGAAGGAGUGGACUUUGAUAAAUUGGCUACUGUUCAGAUCCUGAGUAAUGGCUUGUGUCCUUCCAUGUUGAUGCCCAGUAAAGCCUUCACGCGUCGCUGCCUUCCUGCCUUGGGAAUGAUGAAAGGUGGCGUGGUGGUGGUGGGCAACGAAACCGUUUUUGAUGCCGGACAGGGCGUCAAUAUCAGUGCCACAGAGCUGCUGGAGGCAUCAAAGAAGUCAAAUGUGGUCGUUGAAGCUCGCCAGGUGGCCAUGAGAAUUUUUGAAGACUACACUCAGUCUUGGCAUUGGAUAUUGCUUGGUCUGGUGAUAGCCAUGGUCGUCAGCUUGAUUUUCAUCGUCCUGCUGCGAUUCUUGGCCGGUGUGAUGGUCUGGGUCAUGAUAGUUUUGGUUAUUCUAGUCAUUGGAUACGGUAUUUUCCACUGUUACAUGGAAUAUGCCAGUCUGAAGGGAGAGCCUGGCGCUGACGUGACCAUCCGUGACCUUGGCCUGCAGAUGGACUUCUCUGUCUACCUGCAGAUCAGACAGACUUGGCUGGCCUUCAUGAUCAUCCUGGCUAUUGUGGAAUUCAUCAUCAUCCUGCUACUCAUCUUCCUUAGGAAGAGAAUCCUAAUUGCCAUUGCACUCAUUAAAGAAGCUAGCAGAGCUGUUGGGCACGUGAUGUCAUCUCUCUUCUACCCACUGCUGACUUUUGCCCUCCUGGCCGUGGUGAUUGCCUACUGGGCCAUCACUGCCGUUUUCUUGUCCACCUCUAAUGAGCAAGUUUACAAAGUGUUCAACAACUCUGAGUGUGAGUACUCACGAGAGACGUGCAACCCCAAGACAUUCAACACCUCCAACGCCUCAGCUCAGUGUCCGGAUGCAGAGUGCCUGUUUGCCUUCUACGGUGGUGAGACCCUCUACCACAAAUACCUCAUUGCGUUCCAGUUCUACAACGUCUUCCUGUUCUUCUGGUGCGCAAACUUUGUGACGGCACUGGGCCAGGUCACUCUGUCGGGGGCCUUCGCCUCAUAUUACUGGGCCUUCAAAAAGCCCGAGGAUAUUCCCGCCUUCCCCAUCUUCUCCUCGCUAGGACGUGCCCUCAGAUACCACACAGGCUCCCUGGCUUUUGGCUCUCUGAUCCUGUCUGUGGUUCAGGUCAUCAGGGUCAUUCUGGAGUAUCUGGAUCACAAGUUGAAAGGUGCUCAGAACAAAUUUGCUAAAUUCCUGCUAAGCUGCAUGAAGUGCUGCUUCUGGUGCCUGGAGAAAUGUAUCAAGUUCCUUAACAGAAAUGCCUACAUCAUGAUUGCCAUCUAUGGAAAAAGUUUCUGUACCUCAGCCCGAGAUGCCUUUUUCCUUCUCAUGAGGAACAUCGUCAGGGUGGCUGUUUUGGACAAAGUGACUGACUUCCUGUUGUUUCUUGGGAAACUCCUGAUUGUUGGCAUUGUUGGGAUCUUCUCUUUCUUCUUCUUCUCUGGAAGAAUCAAAGCAGUAGAGGAUGCUGCUCCAUCUCUGAACUACUAUUGGGUGCCAAUACUGACAGUUGUAGUGGGAUCCUACCUUAUCGCCCAUGGUUUCUUCAGUGUGUACGCCAUGUGUGUGGAUACACUCUUCCUCUGCUUCUGCGAAGACUUGGAGAGGAACGACGGCUCGUCUGACAGGCCUUACUUCAUGUCCCCCGAGCUGCACGAGAUCCUCUCCAAAGCACAAAGGUUGGAGGACGAUCACAAUGGCGUCGAGCAGGCGAAUUCUGCGAAGCAAGUAGACGAGGUAAAACUAGAGGAGGAAACGCCUCUUCAACAGCAGCAAGACGGUGAGAUCCAACUGAAACAGCAGUUGGUGCUCAAGCAGGAAAACGAAGAGGAACGGCCGCUGCAGUCCACGACAGAGGCUGACGAGCCAAAGGAGGAAAAGGAAGAGGAACUAAAAGUCAGUCAGACAGAAGAGGCUGAAAAAAAAGAAGACACAGAGGCGAAAGAAGCGUCAGAAAAUCAGGAGUUAAAAAAGGAAGAAAAGACUGAGGAGGCAUCACCUCCAGCUGUGGAGGCUGAGAAAGAGGAGACUGGUGAAAAGAAAGAGGAAAAAGAGGAAUCUAAGGAAGAAAAUCCUCCCUCUGCUCCAAAGGAGUAGAUGUCAGCAGUAAUGUCACAGCAAAAAAGUGAGGCUUGGUAAACCUCAUAAACCAUAAAGAAUGAAAUGAGCUUUGUGAUACGGACUUGAUAAAUGUAGACGGCAUACAACAAGCUAAAAUUUCAGAUUGCCUUGCAACGUUAGCGGCAUGACGUCCAGCUGGAGAAGGUUGUGGUCGACAUCUGAAGGCUGAAGCAGGUCAAAAGCCCAGUGCAUCUCUGUAGCUUGAGGAAAAAAAAAAAACGCUCUUGUGUUGGUUUUAGAACAGUGUUGGUUUUAUAUCGUGAAGAUCUGUAGAACCUAGUGAGUGCUGAACUUGUGCCUGAUUACUGUCACUAAUAUUUGUCGUCUUAAUCCUGUUAACGAAUGCACUACAGAACCACUCGAGUACUGUGUACAGUCAGAACAAACACAUCUCAAUCGAUGGUGAAUCUCUUUCACUGUUUACAGUAAUACCAGCUGACACCAAAAUGUUUCAGACAUAUUUGAUAUACUGUACGAAUACUGGAUCUUUUUGUCCAUAUGGAACUUGUGUAUAUACUGUAUACAGUAGUGUAUGUCUAUGAUGUACUUUUUGGCUUCAGUCUUGUAGAGAUCCUCGCCAGAAUGGGAUCCCAUGUAUUGUAUUGCCACCUACUUGCCUUGGUAUUUCGGACUGGCAUUAAGUGCUGUGACUGUGUCGCCAUGAUGCAGCCAUCGUGAACUCUCAGACUCUGCGGACCUCCCGUUGCCCGUUGUUUACUGACCCCACCUGCCUUGCUCUGUCCCUGUCCUCUCUUUCUCUCUCUCUCUCUCUCUCUAAGUACUGCAUGAUGUUGACAUGGCCUUCUGAAUGCUCGCAACUAACGUCUUAAGUCUCUGGAUGCUUUUGUACCUUUUUUCUUGUUUGUCACCUUGUGAAAGAUGUAAGUUGACUUUUCCACUGAAAUGACUGAUGACAUUCCAUAUUUAUUGGCUGUAAAUCCUGAUUAAAGGUGAUUGUAUUUAAUCAUGAUAGUUCUGUUAUGGGUAGAUAUGUGUGUGUCAAGGCGAUUCGGUGUUUGGAAGCAGGUGAGUUUUCCUUACCAACAAAAUCAGAGAGGAAUGAUUUUGUCUUAAAGGGGCAUUCCCACAAUUUUGCACCAGUAAUGCCAUGAGAAGUACUGCUCUGUAAAACAGAUGUAGAAUGUGGUCUGUGGCGCUGGAGAAGCCCUCUGAAGUCUGCGAGAAUUACUCCGUUGAUUACUUAAUUAAUUAGGUUGACAAAUCAUUAAUGAUGUGUCUGUGCUACAAAGUGGGGGCUUGGAGUUUGACAGAUGCAUGAAUUACAAAGAGACUCAGUUGCAGUAUGGGAAGUAUGGUAUUCUGUUUUUGUUUUUUUUCGACUUGACCCAUGUUAUAGGGGCAAUAAUCAGGAUAUCUGAGCUUCUACAGAACAAAAUAAACAAAACUAUGUAACAGAAAUAUACUUAUUUUCCUUUCUUAUCCCUUAUACCAACUUAUGACCCCUCAAAUUUUUCUUUGAAUCCUUUUAGGGUUCCCAACCCCCUUAGGGAACCACUGAUUUCAAGCACUCAUUUUUUUUCCUAACUUAACACCACAUGAAAAUCUUGUUUUUGCUGACCUCUAGUUGCUUCUCUUCUCACCUCGCUGCAGUAAUGCACAGGUGUACUCCAGGACCUUGUGACAUCGCUGUUGAGUGUCUUUACAAGUGCAACAAAGCAGACGUCUGACCACACCCAGUGAGCUUGAAAAUGUUAACUAGAAAAGUCAGCAAAACAGUGCUUUGUCAGUGUUGAGUCACUCUUUAACUGUCUCUCGCAAGCGCAGUAGUAAACUGCCGGAGUGCCCCUUUCAUUCUUUGGUAGCUAAAAGACAAAAUUGAUUGUAUAUAGACAAUGCAUUAAUAAGAGCAUGCUUAAAUUACAGUUCAAUGUUAGUGUGCUGUUGGGAAAAUGUUGUCCCUCAAC